AUGGGGCACAUCGGGCUCGAACUUCGCCUCCCUCAUCCCGCUCAGCAGUGCAAGCGCCGGCUGCUACUGCUCGCCCUUCUCGCACGCGCUGAUCCCGGCGUUGUAACUGAUGACGUUGGGCUCCAGCUUCGCCUCCCGCAUCUCGCUCAGCAGUGCCAGCGCCGGCUGCCACUGCCCGCCCUUCUCGCAAGCGCUGGUCCCAGCGUUGUAGCUAUGACGUUGGGCUCCAGCUUCGCCUCCCGCAUCUCGCUCAGCAGUGUAAGCGCCCGCUGCCACUGUCCGCCCUUCUCACACGCGCUGAUCCCAGCGCUGUAGCUGAUGACGUUCGGCUCUAGCUUCGCCUCCUGCAUCUCGCUCAGCAGUGCAAGCGCCGGCUGCCACUUCUCGCCCUUCUCGCACGCGCUGAUCCCAGCGCUGUAGCUGAUGACGUUGGGCUCCACUUCGCCUCCCGCAUCUCGCUCAGCAGCGCCAGGGCCCGCUGCCACUGCUCGCCCUUCUCGCACGCGCUGAUCCCAGCGCUGUAGCUAUGACGUCGGGCACCAACUUCGCCUCCCACAUUUCGCUCAGCAGUGCCAGCGCCGGCUGCCACUGCCCGCCCUUCUCACACGCGCUGAUCCCAGCGUUGUAGCUAUGACGUGGGGCUCCAGCUUCGCCUCACACAUCUCGCCCAACAACACAAGCGCGCACUGCCACUGCUCGCCCUUCUCGCACGCGCUAAUCCCAGCGCUGUAGCUAGAUGACGUCGGGUUCCAGCUUCGCCUCCCGCAUAUCGCUGAACAGCACGAGCGCGCACUGCCACUGCUCGCCUUUCUCGCACGCGCUGACCCCAGCGCUGUAGCUAGAUGGCGUCGGGCUCCAGCCUCACCUCCCGCAUCUCGCUCAGCAUCGCCAGCGCCUGCUGCCACUGGCCGCCCUUCUCGCACGCGCUGAUCCCAGCGCUGUAGAUAGAUGACGUCGGGCUCCAGCUUCGCCUCCCACAUCUCGCUCAGCAGCGCCAGCGCAGGCUGCCACUGCCCUCCCUUCUCGCACGCGCUGAUCCCAGCGCUGUAGCUAUGACGUUGGGCUCCAGCUUCGCCUCCCACAUUUCACUGAGCACUGACAACGCGUGUUGCCAUUGCCCGCCUUUCCUGCACGCGCUGACAGUCGCAACGUAGUGGCUUGGGAAGAGUUGCACGCCCAAUUGAAUUCCUUCGCGGAGCAACCGCAGUGCGGCGCUCCAUUGUUUUGUCAGGCCGCAGUUUUUGAUCGACGCUUCGAGGGACAUAACGACUUCUUGAGAUUAUCCAGCCCGACAUGGCACUGGGGCUUGUGCCAAAAUGGCUUGAGCCGAAAUGGGUUGAGCCAUAAUAGCUUGAGGAGGGAGGAGAAGGGAGG